AUAUUUAUUUUUUAAACAUUCGAAUAAUUUGUAAUUACGAAAAUUUAUCAUCAUGGAGCAAAUCACUCCAAAAGAAAUUCGUAUCCUUGAAACAGCUGAAGACAUUCAAGAACGUCGUGUUCAAGUAUUAACACGUUACGGGCAUUUUAAAGCAGAUGCUCGUGCAAAACGUGAGAAACUUGAAGAUUCACGUCGUUUUCAAUACUUCAAACGUGAUGCGGAUGAGUUAGAAGGAUGGAUCCAUGAAAAAUUACAAGCUGCAUCCGAUGAAAGUUACAAAGAUCCAACCAAUUUACAAGCUAAAAUACAAAAACAUCAAGCUUUUGAAGCGGAAGUUGCUGCCCAUAGUAAUGCAAUUGUUGUUCUAGAUAACACUGGCCAAGAAAUGAUUAAUAACUCACAUUUUGCUUCCGAUACAAUUCGACGUCGUCUUGAAGAAUUACAUCGUUUAUGGGAAUUGCUCUUAUCGAAAUUAGCUGAAAAAGGAAUGAAAUUACAACAAGCUCUUGUAUUGGUCCAAUUUAUUCGUAAAUGUGAUGAAGUCAUGUUUUGGAUUAAUGAUAAAGGUACUUUUGUGACCACCGAAGAGUUUGGACAUGAUUUAGAACAUGUAGAAGUACUACAACGUAAAUUUGACGAAUUCCAAAAAGAUAUGGCUUCACAAGAGUAUCGUGUAAGCGAAGUUAACGAACUUGCCGAUAAACUUUUAUUAGAAGGUCAUCCCGAACGUGAUACUAUUAUUCAACGUAAAAAUGAUUUGAAUGAGGCAUGGUUACGUUUGAAACAAAUGGCAACUAUGCGUCAAGAGAAAUUAUUUGGUGCCCAUGAAAUACAACGCUUUAAUCGCGACGCAGAUGAAACUGUUGCAUGGAUUUCAGAGAAAGACGUUGUUUUAUCGUCUGAUGAUUAUGGACGUGAUUUAGCUAGCGUCCAAACUUUACAACGUAAACAUGAAGGUGUUGAACGUGAUUUGGCAGCUUUGGAAGAUAAAGUUUCAACAUUAGGAGCAGAAGCGGAUCGUUUAUGUGGUAUUCAUGGCGAUCACAGUGAUCAAAUCCAAGAUAAACGAAAUGAAAUCGCUGCAUACUGGGAAAAGUUAACUCUCAAAGCUAAGGAACGCAAACAAAAAUUGGAUGAAUCUUACUUCUUACAUCGUUUUCUUGCUGAUUAUCGUGAUUUAGUAUCAUGGAUAAACGACAUGAAAAACAUAAUAUCCGCCGACGAACUCGCGAAAGAUGUAGCUGGCGCUGAAGCACUGUUAGAACGUCACCAAGAACAUCGUGGAGAAAUUGAUGCACGCGAAGACAGUUUUGUAGCAACAGCAAAAGCUGGUAAACAAUUAGUUGAUCGUGGACAUUCAGCUGCUGAUCAAGUUGAGGAGAAAUUAAAUAGUUUACACGAGGAGAAAGCAUCAUUGUUAAAAGUAUGGGAAGAACGUAAAAUUUUAUAUGAACAAUGUAUGGACUUGCAAUUAUUUUAUCGUGAUACGGAACAAGCUGAUACAUGGAUGGCAAAACAAGAAGCAUUCUUGGCUAAUGAAGAUUUAGGUGACUCAUUAGAUUCCGUGGAAGCAUUAAUUAAAAAACAUGAAGAUUUCGAAAAAAGUUUGGCUGCACAAGAAGAGAAAAUUAACAUUUUGGAUGAAUUUGCUACGAAGCUAAUUGAAGGACAACAUUAUGCAGCCGAUGAUGUCGCUCAACGUCGUGCUAUGCUAUUGGAACGCCGUUCUGCGUUAAAAGAACGUUCAUCCUUACGUCGUGCUACUUUAGAAGAUUCCUAUCGCUUACAACAAUUCGAACGUGAUUGUGACGAAACAAAAGGAUGGAUUAACGAAAAAUUGAAAUUCGCCACUGAUGAUAAUUACUUAGAUCCAACAAAUUUAAAUGGCAAAGUUCAAAAACAUCAAAAUUUCGAACAAGAAUUGAAUGCAAACAAAACACGUAUUGAUGAUAUUACUUCCACUGGACAUGAGCUAAUUGAAGCAAAUCAUUAUGCUGCAGAUCGAAUUAAAACUCGCAUGGAUGAAAUUACAACUUUAUGGGACACUUUGGAACAAGCUUCGGAUAAAAAAGGUAGUAAAUUACAGGAAGCAAGUCAACAGCAACAAUUUAAUCGUACGGUUGAAGAUGUUGAAUUGUGGUUAUCAGAAGUUGAAGGUCAACUUAUGUCCGAAGAUUAUGGAAAAGAUUUAACAUCUGUGCAAAAUCUCCAAAAGAAACAUGCACUAUUAGAAGCUGAUGUUGGCUCCCAUGCAGAUCGUAUGGAAGGCAUUAAAGGAAAUGCACGCCAAUUUGUUGAACGAGGACACUUUGAUGCUGAAUCAAUUGAAGCUAAACAAAAGACAUUAGAAGAUCGAUAUGCAGCCUUACAAAAACCAAUGGCUGUACGUAAACAACGUUUACUUGACUCCUUACAAGUUCAACAAUUAUUCCGUGAUAUUGAAGACGAAGAGGCAUGGAUCCGUGAAAAGGAACCUGUUGCUGCAAGUACUAAUAGAGGUCGUGACUUAAUUGGUGUACAAAAUUUAAUGAAAAAACACAGUGCAGUAUUAGCUGAAAUUAAUAACCAUGAAGCACGUACUCAAGCUGUUGUACAAGCCGGUAAUCAAAUGGUUGAUGAUGAACAUUUUGCAUCUGAUGAAAUUAAAAAUCGUACAUCGAAUUUACUUGCACAUUGGAAUCAACUAAAAGAGAAAGCAUUACAACGUAAACAAGAUUUAGAGGAUUCACUUCAAGCACAUCAAUAUUUCGCUGACGCAAACGAGGCUGAAUCAUGGAUGAAAGAAAAAGAACCAAUUGUUAGUAACACCGAUUAUGGUAAAGAUGAAGAUUCAUCGGAAGCGUUAUUAAAGAAACAUGAGGCACUUAUGAGUGAUUUAGAAGCCUUUGGUAAUACCAUUCAAUCGUUGAAAGAACAGGCACAAGCUUGUCGACAACAAGAAACUCCAGUAGUUGAUGUUACUGGCAAAGAAUGUGUGGUUGCUUUAUAUGAUUACACAGAAAAAUCACCUCGUGAAGUAUCAAUGAAGAAAGGAGAUGUUCUCACAUUAUUAAACUCAAACAACAAGGAUUGGUGGAAAGUGGAAGUAAAUGAUCGCCAAGGAUUUGUACCUGCCGCAUAUGUUAAAAAAUUGGAAGCUGGUUUAUCAGCAUCCCAACAAAGUUUAGCUGAUGGAAGUAGUAUUGCCGCUCGACAAGUUCAAAUUCAAGCUGCCUAUGAACGAUUAUUGGCAUUAGCGCGUGAUCGUCAAAAUCGUUUGAAUGAAACUGUUAAAGCUUAUGUUCUUGUACGUGAAGCUGCUGAAUUAGCAACAUGGAUUAAAGACAAAGAAAACCAUGCUCAAGUACAAGAUGUUGGUGAAGACUUAGAACAAGUUGAAGUAAUGCAAAAGAAAUUUGAUGAUUUCCAAGCUGAUCUAAAAGCCAAUGAAGUUCGUUUAGCUGAAAUGAAUGAAAUUGCCAUGCAACUUGUAUCAUUAGGUCAAACUGAAGCUGCUGUAAAAAUUCAAACACAAAUUGAAGAUUUGAAUCAAAAAUGGACAUCUUUACAACAAUUAAGUGCUGAACGAGCAACACAAUUAGGUUCUGCACAUGAAGUACAACGUUUCCAUCGCGAUGUUGACGAAACCAAAGAUUGGAUUCAGGAGAAAGAUGAUGCAUUAAAUAAUGAUGAUUUGGGUAAAGAUUUACGUAGUGUCCAAGCGUUACAACGUAAACAUGAAGGUUUAGAGCGUGAUCUAGCUGCACUGGGUGAUAAAAUACGUCAACUGGAUGAUACAGCUAAUCGUUUAAUGCAAACACAUCCAGAGAGUGCUGAACAAACUUAUGCUAAACAGAAAGAAAUUAAUGAGGAAUGGACACAAUUAACAGCAAAAGCGAAUGCACGCAAAGAGCGUUUGUUAGAUUCCUAUGAUUUACAGCGAUUCUUAAGCGAUUAUCGUGAUUUAAUGGCAUGGAUUAAUUCAAUGAUGACAUUAGUUAGUAGCGAAGAACUAGCUAAUGAUGUGACAGGUGCAGAAGCUUUACUAGAACGACAUCAAAAUCAAAGAUCAGAAAUUGAUGCACAUUAUGGAAUAAUUCCGCAGGAACAUCGAACAGAAAUUGACGCACGCUCUGGUACAUUCCAAGCAUUUGAAUUGUUUGGUAGCCAAUUAUUACAAUCUGGACAUUAUGCUAGCGUUGAAAUACAAGAAAAAUUGGAAUCAAUGGCUGAAGCACGUCAAGAACUUGAAAAAGCAUGGAUAGCACGCCGUAUGCAAUUGGAUCAAAAUCUCGAAUUACAAUUAUUCUAUCGCGAUUGCGAACAAGCUGAAAAUUGGAUGUCAUCACGUGAAGCAUUUUUGGCAUCUGAGGAAGUUGAUUCAAAGGGUGAUAAUGUUGAAGCUUUAAUUAAGAAACAUGAAGAUUUUGAUAAAGCUAUUAAUGCUCAUGAAGAAAAAAUUGCUGCUUUACAAACAUUAGCGGAUCAAUUAAUUGCUGCUGAUCAUUACGCAGCGAAACCAAUUGAUGAUAAACGUAAACAAGUAUUAGACAGAUGGCGUCACUUAAAGGAUGCACUCAUUGAAAAACGUUCAAAAUUGGGUGAAUCACAAACUUUGCAACAAUUUUCUCGAGAUGCUGAUGAAAUGGAAAAUUGGAUUGCAGAAAAACUACAGCUAGCUACUGAAGAAAGCUACAAGGAUCCAGCAAAUAUUCAAUCGAAACAUCAAAAACAUCAAGCGUUUGAAGCUGAAUUGGCUGCAAAUGCUGAUCGUAUACAAUCUGUGCUAGCUAUGGGCGGUAAUUUAAUUGAUAAACAUCAAUGUGCUGGCUCUGAAGAUGCUGUACAAGCUCGAUUAGCUUCAAUUGCUGAUCAAUGGGAAUUCUUGACACAAAAAACAACUGAAAAAUCAUUAAAAUUAAAGGAGGCAAAUAAACAACGCACAUAUAUUGCUGCUGUUAAAGAUUUAGACUUUUGGUUGGGUGAAGUUGAAAGUUUAUUAACAAGCGAAGAUGCUGGUAAAGAUUUAGCAUCUGUACAAAAUCUCAUGAAGAAACAUCAAUUGGUUGAGGCUGAUAUUCAGGCACAUGAAGAUCGUAUUAAAGAUAUGAACACUCAAGCCGAUUCCUUGAUUGAAAGUGGCCAAUUCGAUACAGCAAGUAUUCAAGAGAAACGACAAUCGAUUAAUGAACGCUAUGAGCGUAUUCGUAAUUUGGCAGCUCACCGUCAAGCAAGAUUAAAUGAAGCGAACACUUUACAUCAAUUCUUCCGUGAUAUUGCUGAUGAAGAAUCGUGGAUUAAGGAAAAGAAAUUAUUGGUUGGAUCUGACGAUUAUGGACGUGAUUUAACUGGCGUACAAAAUUUGAAAAAGAAACACAAACGUUUAGAAGCUGAAUUAGGUUCACAUGAACCAGCUAUUCAAGCGGUACAAGAAGCUGGUGAAAAAUUAAUGGAUGUAUCCAAUUUAGGUGUACCAGAAAUAGAACAACGUUUGAAAGCCUUGAAUUUAGCGUGGGCUGAAUUGAAACAAUUGGCAGCUACACGUGGACAAAAAUUAGAUGAAUCUUUAACAUAUCAACAAUUUCUUGCUAAAGUUGAAGAGGAAGAGGCAUGGAUCAGUGAAAAACAACAAUUAUUAUCUGUUGAGGAUUAUGGUGAUACAAUGGCAGCUGUACAAGGCCUAUUGAAAAAACAUGAUGCAUUUGAAACUGAUUUUGCAGUUCAUCGUGAUCGUUGUACAGAUAUUUGUGAUGCUGGAUUGAAAUUAAUUAAUGAAAAGAAUCAUCACUCUGAUAGUAUUUCACAGCGUUGUCAACAAUUGCAGAAUAAAUUGGAUAAUUUAAGUUCAUUGGCUGCACGUCGUAAAUCACGGUUAAUGGAUAAUUCAGCAUAUCUACAAUUCAUGUGGAAAGCAGAUGUUGUUGAAUCAUGGAUUGCUGAUAAAGAAACUCAUGUUCGUUCUGAAGAAUUUGGACGUGAUUUAUCUACUGUUCAAACUCUAUUGACUAAACAAGAAACAUUCGACGCCGGUCUACAUGCCUUUGAACAUGAAGGUAUUCAAAAUAUAACCACAUUAAAAGAUCAAUUAAUAGCUGCCAAUCAUGAUCAAACACCAGCUAUUCUUAAGCGUCACGCUGAUGUUAUUGCUAGAUGGCAAAAAUUAUUAGCUGAUUCAAAUGCACGCAAACAACGUUUAUUACGUAUGCAAGAACAAUUCCGUCAAAUUGAAGAACUCUAUUUAACAUUCGCGAAAAAAGCAUCAGCAUUUAAUUCAUGGUUCGAGAAUGCUGAAGAAGAUUUAACUGAUCCCGUACGUUGUAAUUCAAUUGAAGAAAUUCGUGCUUUGCGUGAAGCACACGCACAAUUCCAAGCAUCUUUAUCAUCCGCACAAGCUGAUUUUGAUGCAUUAGCAUCAUUGGAUCAUCAAAUCAAAUCAUUUAAUGUUGGUCCAAAUCCGUAUACAUGGUUCACAAUGGAAGCAUUGGAAGAUACAUGGAGGAAUUUACAAAAGAUCAUUGGAGAACGUGAUAUGGAAUUGGCUAAAGAGGCACAACGUCAAGAAGAAAAUGAUAAAUUACGUAAAGAGUUUGCGAAAUAUUCAAAUGCAUUCCAUCAAUGGCUCACUGAAACUCGAUACCGUAUUCUUGGCUGGGAUGGUACAUCUAUGAUGGAAGGUUCCGGUUCUUUGGAACAACAAUUAGAAGCCACGAAACGUAAAGCUGCUGAGGUGCGUGCACGUCGUUCUGAUUUGAAAAAGAUUGAAGAUUUGGGUGCAAUAUUGGAGGAACAUUUAAUUUUAGAUAAUCGUUACACAGAACAUUCAACUGUUGGCUUAGCCCAACAAUGGGAUCAAUUAGAUCAAUUGGGUAUGCGUAUGCAACAUAAUUUGGAACAACAAAUACAAGCCAGAAAUCAAUCAGGUGUAAGUGAAGAUGCUUUGAAAGAAUUCUCAAUGAUGUUCAAACAUUUCGACAAAGACAAGUCGGGUAAAUUGAAUCAACAAGAAUUCAAAUCAUGUUUACGUGCGUUGGGUUAUGAUCUACCAAUGGUGGAAGAAGGUCAACCUGAUCCAGAAUUUGAAGCCAUAUUAGAUGUGGUGGAUCCAAAUCGUGAUGGAUAUGUAUCAUUACAAGAAUACAUGGCAUUUAUGAUUAGUAAAGAAACUGAAAAUGUACAAAGUUCUGAGGAAAUUGAAAAUGCAUUUAGAGCGAUUACAGCUGGCGAUCGUCCGUAUGUUACAAAGGAAGAAUUAUAUGCUAAUCUUACAAAGGAAAUGGCCGAUUAUUGUGUAGCUCGUAUGAAACCGUAUAUCGAACCGAAAACCGAACGUCCGAUAGCUGGAGCACUCGAUUAUAUUGAAUUUACUCGUACACUAUUUCAAAAUUAAUAUUAUAAAAAUUUAAAUCUAUGUAUUUAGCUUAUAA